UAAAAAGGUGUCAGAAAACAUAAAGAUUUAAAGAAAAAGAAAAUUUAUACAAUACAUCUUGGCAAGGGAAUACGCACAGGCUGAGCUAAUUGGAUUUGGGAAUUAUUUGCCGGGCCUGUGAAUAUUGUAGCUGGUGUUUACGAAAUCGCCGACCGAAGGUUCAGAUAUAUUUAUACAUACACACACACACACGCAUGGAUUGAUAUAUACCUGGCAAAGGUAUACAUACCUGUAGGUAAAGUGUGUUAAAUAUUUGUCGUCGUUGUGGAUCGCUGUGUGUUUGAAAUGUGACGGAUUCGGUAGUCAUCAAGGAAAACGCUGUGAGGAAAAAUUGUGAAAAAAUGUGAUAUGUGUUAUGGGUGAAAUGGAAACAAUAUGGUGAUUGUGAGCCGUAAGAUGGACCCUAUGGGAUCUCGAUAUCUGGUAGUAGAUUACCUGAACCACCGCUUGUCAAAGAAUGGUCACACUUGGACGCAUUGUCCGCCCCUUUUGGAUCCGCCUCUGAGGGUCCAUACGACGAUGAGGGAUAAGGGGGACGAAUUUGAGGAUCUCUAUAAAGUACAAUUCCAAGAUUUAGUGGAUCAGUUACACGUGACACAUGAUACCUGUUACCCCAUGUUUAAAGCUGUGGUGGACGAGUUAUUUCAAGGGGGUACAAACUGGGGGCGGAUCGUGGCCCUGUUUGCCUUUAGUGGAUCUCUUGCCACGCGGUGUGUGGAGAAAGGGAUGGCCGGACUAGUGGAAUCCAUUGUGGACUGGAUGACACAAUUUAUAGAGCAAGAUCUACGGCAGUGGAUUGAUCAACACGGUGGAUGGGUAGGUAUUUUAUAGACGGAGUGCGGUUUCGAACCCUGUGUCCUCAUAAUGUGAGUUUAUAUACAUGUAGAUUGAGAUAUAAGAACUCUCUAACAUGUGUACAUGCACAUGUUAUUCACAACGUUUAGAUAGAUGGAUUUUAAAGAUGCAAGUAUAUACACGUACAAUGUAUACCGGUAUAGAAACGGAGAAGUGAGGCAAAAAAUGUUUACAUUUUACGAGAAAACCACUCAACUAAAACAGAUUGAAUUCUUUUAUUUAAACUCUUUAUAAUAUGAAACGAAAAUGGAUUUUAUACUGCUGAAUAAAGCAUGUUUUUGAAACUCAAAGGAGUCACGCUUGCCCACAUUUUUUAAUCGGUCACUUAUCAAUUACUUCGUAAAGGUGUUAUUUCGUUCGAAUAUUCUAUCUAAAUAUAUCAUAGAUAAAAAGUACAACGACAUCAAAAUGAUAUGACAAACUUCGAUAUAUAAGCUAGAUUUCUAAAACCAGACUUAUGUGUUUCUUAGCUCCAAACCCAAAGUUAUACCAAUAUUCACAUAUCACAAGUACAUUCAAUUACAAUGUAAAAACCUAUAAAUCAGUAUAAAAAUGUGAAGAGAAAUAAUUUUAAAAAUCUUAUUUAUUUGACAACACGCAUAACGCAGUGAUCACAUAACGUGUAUCACGUAACGCAUUAUGUAUAAUCAUAAAAUUACUCUAUAGUGCUUAGCAUUACAUGAUUACUAAAAAUAAAAUGGACAUAUAAUAAUACUGAAAUACUAGGACAUGUGAAAUUAACAUAAUUAUAUCAAUAAACAAAUAAAAGUAAAAAUACCUGGACAUAACACAGGGACAAUGUGUAGAUGUGUAAAUCAAAAGAGAAGACAAAAUAUGCCCUAGUGUUCAGAGAUGUCAAACUUUUGCCACGACUCCCCAAAUCUUUUACACCCAUAAGAAUCGUAGAUCCACCAACCGUAUAUCUCAGGCCUAUCUCUGGUGAAACCUAUAUUAAUAUCCACUCAGGAUAUUGCCUGACUUUUUUCGCCAAGACACACAAACACACAUUCUCACCAAAAAUAAUUCUAAAAAUAAGAGAAUACAGAUGGCGGUUCAUGUAUAUGUCUCUCAAUAGAAAACCUACAAGAUCUCCACUUUAAUUACACAGGGUAACGACUUGUCUUUAUAUGUUUAAGUUCGAAGACUCCUUGUCCUGAGGUCCUUGUCCGCCCAUGGGAAACUUUAAACUUCAGUAUUUCAUUGAUUUAAUUAUAAGCCCAGAGAGAGCGAGCUAGCUGUUAUGUCUUCUCUAUAGAAAAUUUCGAAUCUUCAACGUCUGCCAAGUCAUUUUUCAGAAUUCUAAUAAGCAUGGGAAGCAUUUAAGUACUCCCAAAUAUGAGAGAGAGAGAGAGAGAGAGAGAGAGAGAGAGAGAGAGAGCUAUGUAGAUUUUUAAAAUUCUAUAUAGCUCAUGUUUAUACCAUUUCCGGUCAUACAGGGGGUUAGGGUUAAAGACUCCAAAAUGCAAAAGAAAAAUUGGAGUGAAAGAAAAUUAUUAAAUAUUCAAAUACUCCAGGGACCUAUAUACUAGCGUUAGUAUAUAGGUCCUUGGAUACUCUAGAUCUGCCACUGAUCACUUCAGGUUACUAUAAAUACUUUAAAAGACCUACAAUUAUGGGGGAUUUUGCAUUUCAAAAGCGAUGCACGAGGACUGUAUCUUGGGUAUGGAGCUUGAGUUACUUCUCGUAUGUUGUAUUUUAUCCAUGAAGCCGACCACGUGUAUCUUAUUUUACGUUCAGACAAUCCCAUUAUAGAUUAGCCAAUUAAAAUGUUUCACUUCGCUGACGUAACCUUUGACCUAAAUUCUCAAUGAAUAUCCAUGAAUAUUUUAAAUACCUUAACAAAUUGUGGGUAUUUGCCGACAAAACGAAACGAAAACAAUUUUUAUUUCGAAGUGGAGAGUAUCAAAUGAUCAAACUAUAGUAAAACGUAACUUGUUUUAUUGAUUUUGAGUGCGUGCUGAAAGACGAUUUUCAUUGGUGCAUGGGGCUCAUUCAACGUGCAGCUGGCAGACCUAUUUACGUACAGGAAAACGGAUUUGCUGUAGUUGUGUGGGAAUUUUCUUGUUUAUUUUAUAUAUGUUCCUUAUUGUACUACAUGUAAAGGCAAUGUAUGUAUCAAACUCAUAGAAAUAGAUGUGAAAACGAUGGGAGAGGAAGAUUACAGGAGUCUAGUUGCGGAUUAUGUGAACUAUCGACUGAGCAAACACGGUUACGAAUGGGAAAAUGCGCCGGUCUUGAAAAACCAUAACAAAGUGUAUCAAACGGUACGAAAACUGGGAGAUGAAUUUGAAAACAAACAAGAUUCUAGUGACUUUCAUGAAAUGGUGACAAGCUUGCAAAUCACCCCAGAAACUGCUUACUCAACUUUCACUACAGUGACAAACGAGAUGUUUUCAAAUGGCGUGAACUGGGGGAGGGUUGUAGCUUUGAUAGGAUUUGGCGGGGCACUAUCGGUCGAGUGUGUCACUAGAAAUAUGCCCCAGUUGGUGGAUUCCAUAGUGGAUUGGGUAGCUACAUACAUGAACACUAAUUUAAAAGCCUGGAUAUCGGCUAAUGGAGGCUGGCAAGGCUUUGUAGAAUUCUAUUCAAGAAAAGACCGAUCAACAAACGACGACAACCCAUGGGUGAAGUAUGGUGUGCUGGGAGCUGUGGGAGUGGUAGUGUUAGGGGCAUUGAUGACACAAAGGACUUGAACUUAGGUCCAUCUUACAGGGACCAACCAAUGCCCCAGUGGCCCAGACUCCAGGGUCCAUUUUGUUGCAUUCGGACAAAUGAAAGACCUCAGCUAACACAUGCAUUAUAUGAAUAAUGUUAAUGUUUCAAGACUUUUGGCCAAUUUCAGAAUGGAAAGUGAGUUUUCUGUAUUAAUUAGAUCAAAGGGGCCAGCAUUCAAUGUCUACUACUUUAACUACGAUUCAUUUAUUACGCAUUUUGCGAAUCCAUGUUGUGAAGGCUAAGUGUUGUUGAAAAGAAUAGUGAGCUGUUAUGAACGUGACCUUGUUAAAUGUGGAUACUGAGGUGAAAAUGCUGUUCAGUGCAUAAGGAAUGUUGUUUAUAGUGAGUUGAUAGAUGAAAUAAAUGAUUAUAUACUCAGUUUGUGGGUGAAAGAAUGGACUUGUAAAGUUAGAAAGUGGAUUGGAGUAUGCUGUUGUCAUUGAUUACUGUUGCUGUUGAAAAUGUGAUGAUUUAUUGUUUGAAUUGUCAUACUGAAAAGAGAGAUAACUUGCUAAAUUUUCGUCAAGGGAAAUAACUCUUACAUUAAUAGAUACAAGUAUUCAUGAUUCUCAAUCUUAUUAAAAUCAUAUCUUCUCUAACCGUUACACUGGAGAAGGUCACAGCGGUUGGAGAAGAUCUGAUUUUUAAAUGGAUAAAUCAUUCUCAUAAAGAGACAUGAUGUUUUGAUAGAUAAGUCAUUGAUUAAUUAUCAGAAUGGGAGAUAAUUCUUAUUGAUUAAUUAUUACAAAAGGAAAUAAUUGGUGCAUUGUCACGAACUAUAAUUUUCAGAUUUAAGGCUCUUUGCACUUUGAAUAUAAUGUGAACUUCUAUUUGGAUUUUAACUUGUACAGUUGUACUAGAAUUAACUGAAAUUUCUAGAAAGAAAAAUAUUCUGAACUCCAUCCAUUGCUUGAUGUUACUGAGUUGAUUUAAUAUAUGUAUAUUGUAGUGCUUCACAUAAUGAAUAUCACUGUAUAGAUAUAUAUAAAUUAUUACAGUCUUUUACUUGUUGUCAAUACCAAAACACAAUAUACAUUAUGCCCCACAUUGAAUUGUUUUACAGUCUGAGCAUUGACCCUUUGAAUUCCAUAAAUGAAGUGAGGAGUAACGUAAACAAAGUGAUGUAAUGUUUGUAUGAUAUUUACGGUAAUCCAAGCUUUCAAUACAAACAGCCCCCCCUUUCCCUCCUCCAGUGCCAUAUUAUCAAUGUACUACCUUAAGGUCUAGGUCUGUAGAAAUAUGUUUUAAUGUAAACAGAAAAAAUAAAUAGAAUUAAACAGUUUUAUGUAUGAUUAUAAUUUGAUGAUUAUUGAAAGAAAUUCUUUUAUAAAUUUGAGACACAUGUUGCAAUAUCAUGAACAGAAGGCAUCUAAAGUAUUGUUUGAUUGAUUUGAAAUACAAGUAAUAAAAUAUAGGUGAUGUAUAAGCCCAAUGAUGACCUUAAAAUGGUUGCAUGUACAUGUAUACUGAGAAACCACUAUUGUACUUUUCCCCCCAUACUUGAUGUUCAUGUAUUUAUUUCUGGCCGAUUGCUGAUAAACCCACCAGCUGUCUCACUGUACAUGUUAGAAAUCACGCCCAUUUUUCAUUACAUGUUGAUUGGACGUUGAAAAGAUAAUAGAAUUAAUAUUUACAAGCUGCAUUUUUCAGUAUCUUUUUUUCUCGUAUCGAUGAUGAAUAUGUGAAGUGUGCAUAUGUUACAUGCAGUAUAUUUACUUUGAUAGUUUCCUUAUCUGUUAAAACAUUGAGAAUGUCCAUGUAUGAAAAAAAAAACUUCUGUUAAAGUCAUUAUUCUACCUACUCCGAAUUAGAAGCAAAACAUUUUAGGGGGAUCUAACAUUUUUAGCAGAAUAACUUUGUGGUUAAAUGUAGGUUCUUAAGGUAUGGAAGGUCCAUGUUGAUUGACAGAAAUUCGGAUAAAUACAAAUAGCAUGUGUAGCCCUGUAUUGACAUGUUACAGGUACUCAACAUGUCACAGGUAAUCAACAUGUCACAGGUAAUGAUGUUGACAAGGGCAGAUAUAUUGUACAUGUUGCUGUUGAAUGUGAGCAUUGUUAUUUCCGUUGGUAGCUACAGAACUGUAGCUCUCCGGGGAGAAAUCGGACACGCCUACUAGAGAACUACAGUUCUGUAGCCAUUCCGCUGGCAGCCGUAUGUUGAUAAUUUGUCUUUUUUGUACAAUGUAUUAAUAGUGUUUUUAUUUCAUGAUGUAUCAGUGCUGUUAUAGUAGAAUGGUAAUAAAUCUUUUUUCACUGCAA